AUGGAGCAAGAAGGUCGCGCACGGCUGCAGCUCUUCUUUCCCCAUCCCGUCCUCAAGGUCUGGCAGGUCUUCGCCCUCGAGAAGCCAGCGGUGCAUGUCCGUGCGUGCGAGAAGAACAAGCUUCACGAAGUGAUCAACAAGUUGGAAUUUGAGCACUCCAGCUCAGUCUUCUUGACUGGAGCAGCGGAUGCCUCCACAGCGAUCGCAGGGUCAUGGAAGCUCCUUCCUGGAAGCCAUGGCCGGUUCAAAGAUGUGGUCACGCAGCAGGAGGUAGCGAAGAGGUCGUUCGUCUUCCUGGUAGAGGGAGGGAGGUGGAAGUGGAAGAGAUGCGAGCUGAGCAUGAGGAGGAGGAAGGACGAUGAGAACUUGCCGGCAGCUGGGCAGAAGCUGGGGAGAGCGGGCAAGAAGAGCGCGUAUUGCACUGUGAUGAGCGUCAUGGGGAACGCGGACACAUCCCUGGUUCAGUGCGACAUCUCUGCCCUCGUGGAGGAGGAGGGGGAGAAAACUCCAACGAGCGGGGAUCAGCGAGCUGACCAGCAGGAGGAGGACGAGGGCAACGGGCAAGCGCUGCACGAGGAGGGGGGGGGUCAGGAGGGGAACAGAAUGUUAGGAGCGUUCCCCAUCGUGGGCGUUCGGCUGGCCGAGACGUCAACGUGCAGCAUCAAGCAGUGCGAUCUCAACGGUUUCCUGCGAGCUUGUUGCCUGCACGACUCCAGCUGCAUCUCAGCAACCUACUGCGCGUUCAAGCAGAACAAGGAGUGCUUCCACUUUGAGGCUUCUUAUCUCCUCCAUGGCAGGUACUGGUGUCCUCCUCCCGAGACGCUCGAAGCAAGCGUCGCUCAGACGGUCAGCAGCAACUUAGGAUCCUUCAUCUCCAGCAGGAUCUUUCCGCUGCUUGCCACCUGUCUCCCACCCCCCAUCCUGGACAACUUUUAUGGCGAGGAGCAGAUGGCAAGACCUCCCGGCCUUGUCCUCACCUUCCGCCACAACUACGUCUGGUGUCCGACGUGGAGCCGCGGCGUGUGA